CCGAACAGGUGCGCAGAGGCCCAUCAGCUAAUUUUCAGGACUCAGAUGUGCAACUAUUAGCUGCAUAUGCGGCGGAGCGGUACGCAACAUCGUUGAUCAACCUAGACUCUAUGGAAAGAUGAAAGAGAUUAUUCAAAUGGCACGGCGGAGUACCUUAUAUCGCGAUUGGACUUCACCUUUCCUCGCUGCGAUGCCUCGAUCAGUACGCAAGAUUACGCAACCCGAAAUUAAUCAACUCGACAGGGUGAUCAAGGCAAGCUAGUUUUACCCACAUUAGUUUCACGUGAAGGGUACCGGGCAGAGGCGGGGUAAUCACGGUUUACCCCUCCUGGCUGUCAUGUUCUUCCUCAUGAUACGAACCAUUCCCUUCAGUACUUUGAUAUAUUCCAUGCUCUUCUGUCUUCACUUCUAUUGCAAAUUAUGGCAAAUGCUCUUGGAUUCGAGAUUGUUGAGGCUGUGGUCUCAAGUGCGCUUGCGAACGAGGCAGCGGAUGCACUACUAAAACAAACUCAGCAUCGCCGGGAGAAAUAUGAUGCCUACAACGUACCUAAUGAGUGUCUUUUAAUAGUGAACAAAUUUCUUGAGAGCCCUGGCACGAGUGCCCUUGCUGAAUUCUUGAAGCUGACCGCUCUACCAUUGAGACCAACAAAUGUCUUUGCUGGCAUGUUCCGCGAAACAAACGCCGAUCCGAACAAACUGAAGACUGCCGAAGAAGGCGAAGUCUACAUUACUAUCGCGCUGACUGAUCUUUCUCCCAAAAACGGCUGGUAUACUUUCUACCCCGGCUCGCGUAAAACGCAGCCUCUGACAUCAAUGGAACCUGUCGCUCUUGAUCUCAAGGCGGGUGAUGCUGUGAUUUGGCGAGGCGAUCUGGUCUAUUUCCACACUCCCGGUGGAGGUGGCAUGUUUCUGACUCUAGUUUAUAAUAAAUGUGCUGCUACUUGACAACCGAGAGGAUAGCAUGAUUGGAGUCAUAUCAUUGAUUAGGGUUAUUGGAACGUGUCGCUAUUCAAACAAUGUAUAAUUCUGAUCCCAACUCG